AUCACCAUCACCACCACCACCACCACCACCGCCGCAAAGAUGGCCGGAUCCCGCAACUAUGACUUCCUGAUCAAGCUCCUCCUCAUCGGCGACUCGGGCGUCGGCAAGUCCUGCUGCCUCCUGCGCUUCAGCGAGGACUCCUUCACCCCUUCCUUCAUCACCACCAUCGGCAUCGACUUCAAGAUCCGCACCAUCGAGCUGGACGGCAAGCGCGUCAAGCUGCAGAUCUGGGAUACGGCGGGCCAGGAGCGCUUCCGCACUAUUACCACGGCGUACUACCGCGGCGCCAUGGGCAUUUUAUUAGUGUACGAUGUUACAGACGAGAGGAGUUUUAACAACAUCCGCACCUGGUUCUCCAACGUCGAGCAGCACGCCACGGAAGGCGUGAACAAGAUCCUCAUCGGCAACAAGUGCGACUGGGACGACAAGCGCACCGUGUCGACCGAGCGUGGCCAAGCCCUCGCCGACGAGCUGGGCAUCCCCUUCCUCGAGGUCAGCGCGAAGGCGAACAUCAAUGUCGAGAAGGCAUUCUUCAGCCUCGCGGCGGAUAUCAAGAGACGGAUUGUCGACAGCGCGAAGACGGAGGAGAGUAAGGGGGUGGAUGUGGCGCAGGGAAGCAGUGUGGGUGGGAAGUGCUGUUAGAGGGGUGUCAGGGUCUGAGGACGUGGUUGGGUGAAGGGCCUAAUUGGUUGGGGGUGGGCGCUGUUGCGAUGAGACGGCGUUUGAUAGAGGACCGAACGGAGGGGAGAAUUCCCAGCAUGCUGCUCGCUGUCGCUCUCCUGUGUCACUCUUUCGCAGAGGCGGAUGCGAGCAACGCAGCUCUCUCUCCGUCCGGGUGGUGUCCACUCACGUACAUCCUGUUUGUUAUCUUUUCCUUCUCUGUUCCGAGAGUGGCGUUUUUUACUCCUUUUUUUUUUGCUGGGAUUGCGAGUUUUGAGAAGCCAGCAGCACAAGUACACGAUGGUCGCGGGGCCUGUGGGUUAUAAAUAGUUUUGUUCAUAAAUGGGAUGGGGGUUUUAG